AUGAAUAGAUUCUGGGAAAAAGGUUCAAAGAUUGUCGCUGUUGCUCGUAACUAUGCAGCACAUGCAAAGGAGUUGGGUAAUGAGGUACCAGCUGAACCAUUCUUCUUUUUGAAGCCAAUGUCCAGUUUGGUACGUGUAGGAUCACCCAUUGAGAUUCCACGUCAGACCACAGAUGUUCAUCACGAGGUAGAGUUGGGUGUCAUCAUUGGCAAGCGUGGACGUGAUAUCAAGGUAGCCAAUGCUAUGGAUCACGUCGUUGGAUACACUCUUGCUCUUGACCUGACUGCACGUGACCUCCAAUCGAAGGCCAAGACACUCCAACAGUGCUGGACAAUCGCCAAGGGAUUCGACACAUUCUGUCCAGUCUCUGACUUUAUUCCCAAGGAGAAGAUCGCCAACCCAUCGAAUAUCGAAUUGUGGUUGACCGUCGAUGGUGUCACCAAACAAAAGGAUACCACCGAUAAAAUGAUUGUUGGAAUUCCAGAAUUGAUUGAAUUCGUCAGUCAGAUAAUGACCUUGGAGGAAGGUGAUAUCAUUCUGACAGGAACACCAUCAGGAGUAGGUCCAAUCAAACCAGGUCAAAAGGUCAAAGCAGGAAUUAGUGACAUCAUAGAGAUGGAAUUCGAUGUUAUCAACAGAAAAUACAAUUAA